CUCAAGUUUCCCAUUUGCCCCCUUUGGAGAAAGUUGCUCUAGGUGUGGUUUGUUGGUGCAGUAGGGGCUGGAGAGCGAGGAGGUGCCCUGCUGGCACACUGUGUGCGGUGCCCUGACUGGCAGGGGUUAAGCCCAUAUGGUUGUAGAGGCUGAGCUGACUGUAGAGCAGUGUAACCUUUGCUGGAAGUAGAGAUCACAUGGGCAGGUGAGAAGCUGCUGAAAUAAGGACGACCCUGCUCAGCCCCCAAGGGAUCCAGCUUGGGAAUGGACGAUUCAGGAUCUUGGUCUGAGAACUCCAGUCAGGACGCUUCCCUGCCACCUUCAGGGAAAAAGGCCAAAGGCAAGGCUCCUCUUCCUCCUGGGGAGGCCAGGUACUCGGACUCAGUAACGUCGAUUGAUUCUGCAGACACAGUCCAGUAUAAAAUGGACCAAAAAGAAAACAUCGACCAAGACAUUGAACUAAAGGUGGUUCUUCCCGGCGACCGACUUGAGACAACCAUCGUUCAUGGCAGUAAACCCAUGAUGGACCUACUCGUGUACCUCUGCGGGCAGUACCAUCUGAACCCAUCCACCUAUACCAUAGACGUAAUCUCAGCUGAUAAGACACAGCCCAAGUUUAAACCCAACACCCCCAUUGCCAUGCUGGAUGUGGAGAAAGUCAUCCUCAAGUCCAAAAAUCUGGAUGAGAAAAGUAAAAAGCCUGGUCCAACCAUGCCAGAGCAAACUGUCCGAGUUGUCAUCAACUACAGGAAAACACAGAAGACCGUCAUGAGAGUCAGCCCGUUUGUCCCACUUCAGGAUCUCCUUCCUUCCAUUUGUAAUAAGUGUGAAUUUGAUCCUCGGUCCACCAUUUUACUUCAGGAUUAUCAGUCCCAAAAGCCUCUUGAUAUAACAAAGUCCCUGAACGAUCUCGGCUUAAGGGAGCUGUAUGCAAUGGAUCACAGCAAAGCUACAUCUCCAACAGAGAUCAGGCCACCACCUUUGCAAGAGUCUUUUCAGAACAUAGAAAUAAAACAGAAUGACGACAAGGGCUUCUUUAACUUUUUCCGCCGAAGUACUAAGAAGAAACGUGAUCAGACAUCCAGUGCCCCCGCCACACCAUUGCUCAAUAAACCCAGACCACAGAAUGUGACCAGAGCCAAUACAGUGACCAAGUCUUACGAUUCCAACACAAUGCCUUCCGACGUCCCGAAGAAGCGGAGAGCUCCACUGCCACCCAUGUACCCGCCCCAAAACGGCUCCAGUGAAAUACACCGGGGGCAAAUCCGGACGUCCUCUUGUGUGGUGAAAUCGGUCAGCGUCGACGCUGAAUCAGAAAAGGCAUUCGCUGGAAUUGACAGGUCAAGAACCGGCUCCUACCAACACAGCAGGACAUCAUCCUUUAACUCUUCUCUAAGGAGGACAAAGAGGAAAGCCCCACUCCCACCAUCACCACCUCCAAACCCUCCAUCAGGGACCACUGAGGACAACAGUAACUCUGCCGUGGUUGUAGAAGAAAUAAACUAUGUGAAGACUAUUGAUGAAGAUCAUAAUGUUCACGAUACAUCAACAACAGAGCUGCAAGAGAUUGAGGAGAAGGAGGAAUUGAGCGUCUCUGUCAAUGAAGAAGCUGAUUCCAUCUCUAAGGAAAAUGUCAAUGGCUCGACCAAGGAAGAAAUGAGUUUAUCUUCUACUGAAGAACAUCCAGAAGGAAAUACUGCAGCAGCGGAUAAGAGCGCGGCGUCCGACACACACAACUCCUACGAGCUCUCUGAUGUAGAGGAGAUCUCCAAGAUUACUCAGGACGAUAUAACUGCAGAUGGAACGUCGAGUCUGUAUAUAAAAGAUGAAGUUGCGACUGAAAACACGACACUGGAAUAUGAUAAAAUAGGUGAAAGUGAAAAUAGGACAUCUACCCCAACCAGCGAACUGGAGAACCAUCACAUAUUUGAAAAUAAAUUAGAAGUAGCAGAAGAGGCGUCGCAGACACUUCCAUGUGUAAAGUCUACUGAAACUACACAUAUUGUGACUGCAGACAGCGGCUACAUCAACCUUACGGGAAUCACUGCGGACACAGAGCUGAAGCAAUCCAUUAGUGAAAAGGGAAAAAUGCAGGAUUCAGCAGUUCAGACUGUUAAUUUUGACAGUGAUGCGGAGGGAACCAUAGAAAAGGAAAUCCCACAUUCUCAGGGUAAUACUUUGACAGACAAGGUCCAACAUGAACUCAAUGGCUAUGAAAGUUAUCCAACACAAGUCACUGAGCAGCAGUAUAAACACGAACUUGUCAGCAAUGUGAGGGAAAGUGUCGAAACCCAGACAGUGCUUGAAGGUUACCCAUCAAAAACAUUUAAUUUAUAUCGACAACAUACAGAGCCCAAGCCUAAGCCUUCCAAUGAGAUCACUAGAGACUAUCUCCCCAAGGUUGGAAUGACUACUUACAAAAUUAUACCCCAAAGAUCGUUUGAUUCCGAAAGGUCUGUGGAUGACCAGGAGCCUAUUCAUGCAAUGACAAAUAUUGCUUCUCAUUAUAAUCUAGCUCACGAAAAGAGUGAACCACCUUCAGUGGUGAAAAAUGGGGAUCUAUCACCACAGGGGUCAGAUGUCAACACACUGAGUAUGGUGUCUAAGACUACCACAGAACAAAGCCGUAAAGAACAUUUUGCACUUUCAAGAAGUUUAUCCUCUGCUCCUGUUCUUACGUCAGGUACGUCAGCUCCUCCAGAGGUCAAACCAAAGCCAAAGCCUACAAGCCCAGUCAAAGGUCCAAGUUCUUUCUACCUACAAAUGCAGAGGAGAGCUUCAAGCAUGUAUGUGACAUCUGCUAUUGCCAAGACAAAAACUUCUUCUAAUCCUUCAAGCAGUACUGUUAGAAUUAAAGACUCCAGAAACGAGGCUUCUCAGAUAACUAUCAGAACUCUUCCUUCUAGAGUCAAUGUACUAAAUUUUCCUGCUAAGAUCGAGGAAAAAUUACCAGGGGACAAACAACCAUUAUCAGAAACGUAUAGUGAAAUAAAAAAUGGUGGUCUUAGAACCGUUUCUGAAACGCAGUCGGAAGUUGGUGGCAACCAUGUCUGUGUCUCACAAGUUUCCACAGAAAAAGAUUCUAAACUAAGAGAAGUGUCAAAUGAACUUUCUCACCAACCUCGAGUGGUUGAGUCAUGGGAAGAGAAAAGGUCUGAUGUUUCAGCACUGGAGAAAAAACUUUUGGAAUCCAGGAAUGUGGUGCGUGAGGUCUCCUUUGCCGAGAAGCCAACUCUGAUCAUGCAGAAUGAAUGGAAACCUGACAUAGUUUCUACUAUAUCGUCUAGCAAAACUGUGAUCUCUCCUUCUAGUCAGAACCCUCCUUUAACUCUACCAAACUUAAGCAGCUUUAUCACCCCAAGACCUUUUCUAAGUUCACAAACCAGUGUUUCGUCUUCUGUAGCAUCAGUGGUUAAACGGUCUCAGUCAUUCACUUCCGCUAUCUCGCCUACCAAAUCCCCUAUAAACGUGGAUGUUCCCAUUGGUUGGUCUCCAGUUACUUCUCCAAAUGAAGCGAAAAAAGACUCCCUAGUGUUCUCGGCCAUACCACAGGAGGAGACCGAAGAUGAGAUACUAACCCCUCAACUAAAAUACAGAGUGCAUAGCCCACCUCCUGUUCCUGAAAAAAAGUCCACGGUAUCUUUUGAAAGUUCUGACCCAGAACAACUUCGCCAGGAUAUCCUGGCUGCCAUACGUUCCGGACAGGCGGCUGCCAACCUGAAAAGGAUUACGAUCCGAUCAAAUACUAUUUCUAUUAAUGGAAAAUCCCGACUCAGUCAUUCGGUUUUCUCAGAAACACUACCUGAAGACUAGAUAUGGUGCCAAAGAUCAGCAAUUUUUUUGUAUUUAUAUCCGCAUUCCUAGUUAAUAGUUCAAUGUGUAAAAGUGUUGUUAAAUUAAAGUAUAUAUAUAUAUAUUAAUAUAUUAAAAUAAUAUGCAAUAUCAUUGUAACUUUCAUAGGAAAGUUUAAACAAAAAAGAAAAAAAAAAGAAAAAUAUAUUUUUGGGGGAUUUUGUAAUUAACUUAAGUUUGUGGCCUGCCAUUUUUCUAUAAUUUUUAGAAGUUUAUGUUCUAAUUAAAAAUUGCAGUAUAACCCAAAACGUAAAGAUUUAUAAGAAAAGUUCUUUAUUUUCUGUGUAUUUUGUAAAUUCAUAUGAUGCAACUUUUUUUGUUUUCUGAACAUGAUGUAAUGAAUCUUUAAGCAAUGUUGAUUUCUUAAAUUUACUGUAUAGAGCUGCCAAUAUUGCCUCAUUGUUCUAGGAAUAACUGAAAUAAAUCUGCUUCUGGCAGUGUUGACUUUAAUUCCUAUUAAACGUUACUGUACUUGUUAACUUGACCAUAAUUCUACUGCUUCUUUUUUUUUAUAUGUAUUAAUUUUUGACAAAUGUUAUACAGGUUCUUCACUUAAAUUUAUUAUUUGGAAAAUCUGAUUAAUUAAGCAUCAAGAUAAUAGCCAUAUUACUUAGUCUUAUCAAGACAUGGUUGAUCUGAGACAGAUUGGUUACUAUAGACAUGCUGCCUGACAACCCUAUAUAAUAGAUUCUAGUUUAUCCCUCACAACCAGGUGGUCUCAGAUAAUCAGGGCCUGCCAUGUACUUUAGUAUGUGGGCUGAUCCUGUCAAAAUAGGCACCUUCAUCGGGCCACAGUGUAUUAAGACCUCCUGACUGUUCCCUAAUGCCAGAUAUUGUUGGGUAGCAAAGAAGUAACUUGUAGCUUCUGGGCCCAAAGCAAAAUCUGCAACAGGGUCCUAUGAGCCACUUAUAAUACUGAUCUCUUAUGGGACAAAUGUGCUUUGGGGCCCCUUAGGCACCAGGGUCUUGAUGUGAUUGCUACCUCUGCACCCCCUAUAGCUACACUCCAGUUGGGUAGACGAAGCAGCUUGCUGGAUUGUAUGUGCCUAAUUGUAGGUUAUUGUGGGAGAUAUCUGACAACUGCUUAUUCCCUUCUCGAUAUUGAAAUAGACAUGUGGCUGGGCCACAUGUGUAUGUCGUGGUUAUGGGGUGGAGUUGGCAAUGUGGCUGUCAGCUGAAGCAAUGUUUGGCUGACAGCUAUCUUGUGAGCAUGGUUAGCUAAAGGGCUCAUUCACUUUGCUGUCAGGCUCCAGUAUAUGGAUCUCCAUUGGAACAACGAAAGCUUAGCAGAGGAAAUAAGUGAAUGCACUUUUUUUUUCUCUGGUAAACUACCAGAUCCCCGACGGUAACAAAUUCAAGUCGGUGACCCGAUGGUGUCAGAUGUGUUCCGACCCAUUUUGCGAGGCAAAAAAAAAAAAAAAAAAAAACUAAACUGACCCAGAACAGGAAGGAGCAUGACAUCUAUCUGAACCUAACCUAAAGCGGUUGUACAGGAUUGAAAAAAAUAUGACUGUUUUAUUUUAGAAACUGUGUUACACCUGUCUGUCUAUAUUGUCUGGCCUCCACUAAAGCUGAGCUAUAGCACUAUACUCUAUUAAUCAGAUUUUUCAACAAAUACAUUUAGGAGAAGAAUCUAUUUAAAGAAAAACCUAAGCUUUAAAAAAAUAAAAAUAAAAAAAAUCACUACUUUUGUAUUACCGACAAGCAACAUAAAAUCACACUGUAUCUUCCACUGCCAAAUAAAAGGUUUUAACUUUA